CGUCAUCUCAUACGUGAAUGUACAGAAUAAAGAAGUAAAUCUUCCGAAAAGCAUUCAAAAAGCUCAUCAUCUCUGUUUUAUUACAUAAGUAAUACUUUAAAUAUCAAAUAUUUUAUUCAGUCGGCCCGUAUAAAUAGACGGCAAUUGUAGACAAGUCAUACCGAGUUAAAGUCGAAAUUUAGGUCAACACUUGUGGAAAUAAUUCAGCUUUAAGAAUGAUUCGACUGAAAGUAAAAAAACACAAAAUGUUUUGCGAGACAAAUAAAAAGUAGCAAUAACAAAAAAAAAAAAAAAAAUUACAAAAAAGUGAAGAAUUUGUGAAAAAGUGCGAAAAACGAGCAAAAGUAUGGCAAAUGACUCGCAGAUCUGGAAAAGCAACAGCAACAACAACAGUCCAGAUUACUUCACGUGGACCUCAAUAUUGUUCAGUCAACGACCAAUUUUCGACGACACGGGUGGCGGCAAUGCCGGAAAUCACGAUGCCAACCGCGACAUGGACUAUAACGAGUACGGGGACGUUGCUACUUCGACUGUGGCAACGACCACGGAUGAAAAUCGGACCACACCCAGUUUUUCCGAGUUAUUUGUGUCGUCGAUAGCUGACAUUGUGACGACGACAACAAAUGCAACAACAACCACGGCUGUGAUAGAUGAAAAUUCGUUAGCGAAUAGUUCGUUGUACUACCAAGUGAAGUCGUCGAACGACACGGAAGGCAUGUUCGAUGGCGGCAUGGAGCUGAACGAGAUGAAGGUAAAUGGCGGCGGAAAUUUUGCCAUGAUUCUCGAUGAUUUUGAGAAUUAUUUUUACAAUGUCAACGGCACCGGAUACAAUGAGAGCUCAAUCGGCAAUCUUCCAUUCAAUUGUUCCGGCAUGGGGAACGGGACAAAUUGUCCCGACACGCAGGAAGUUAAUUACAACUACUGGGCUUUAAUUCUGUUAAUUUUCCCGAUAUUUACAUUGUUUGGCAACGUGCUGGUCAUAUUGGCGGUUGUGCGAGAACGAACGCUGCAAACUGUAACAAAUUAUUUCAUCGUGUCAUUGGCGAUUGCUGAUCUACUUGUUGCGGUUGUUGUGAUGCCAUUCGGUGUUUAUAUUCUGGUGAACGGAGCUUGGUCCCUGCCAAAUUUUGUAUGUGAUUUUUAUAUAGCAAUGGAUGUUAUUUGCUCAACAUCAUCAAUAUUUAAUUUAGUUGCAAUAUCAAUAGAUCGAUACAUUGCUGUGACACAACCAAUUAAAUAUGCAAAACAUAAAAAUAGUAGACGUGUGUGCCUAACAAUACUCUUAGUAUGGGCAAUAUCAGCGGCAAUUGGCUCGCCAAUUGUGUUAGGGUUGAAUAAUACGCCAGACCGUUUACCGGAUGCGUGUUUAUUUUAUAACAGUGAUUUUAUUGUAUAUUCAUCGCUAAGUAGUUUUUAUAUACCGUGCAUUAUUAUGAUCUUUUUGUACUGGAGUAUUUUUAAGGCACUUCGGAUACGAGCAGCAAAGCAACGAGCUGCACGAAAACCUCAUCUCUCGGAUAUCACGGCGGGAGGUAGUAUUAUAGAAAAUAUAACUGUUAAUAAACGACUAGCGGAAACGACAUUGGAUGGCAGCAGUAAGAGCGGGUCGAAAGUUGUGCCGGACGAGCAACCAACUAACACAGCGUCGGGGUCAAAUGAGGAGGAUGACGACAACGCUGGAUCCCCUGAUGUUGAUGAUUGCCCCGUAAUAAUAAACGAUAAAUCAACGGAGUUUAUGUUAGCAACAGUAGUUGAGGAGGCUGGAAAUGUGAUGACGCAAAUAACCACACAACAUCACCUCUCCGCCGAUCCAAAUGGUAAUCAUGAUUCAGGUUAUGUUCCGUCAAAUGUAACUGAUGUAAACGAUAUUUUAGUUGUAAGUAAUUCUCCUCCAGGUAGCCCGGAAACUAAGGCUACAAUCUUUGUAAAUAAAAAUGCGACAAAUCGGAGGAACGGGUCACCACGUAAAGAUUAUAGUAAUGUUGCACUUAGACCAAUAAGUUCAUAUGUUCGAUGUGGCGUACAAUCGGCGUUAUCAUUAUCACGUAAUGAUUCAACGUUAUCUAAUAAUUCUAGGGACUCGAGGAAGGAUAAGAAAAAUGUGCAGGCAUCCAGGUUUACAAUUUAUAAAGUAAACAAGGCGUCGAAGAAAAAACGAGAAAAGUCCUCGGCAAAAAAAGAGAGAAAAGCAACAAAAACGUUGGCAAUAGUGUUAGGUGUUUUUCUCAUCUGUUGGGUGCCAUUUUUCACGUGUAACAUCAUGGAUGCCAUGUGUACAAAGCUGGAAAUGGAAUGUCAGCCAGGUGUCACGGCUUUUAUGCUCACCACGUGGCUCGGGUACAUGAAUAGCUUCGUGAAUCCCAUCAUUUAUACAAUCUUCAAUCCGGAAUUUAGGAAAGCAUUUAAGAAAAUUAUGCAUCUCGACUCAUAA